AUGGCUCAUCUUCUACGCGGAACAGCUUUUAUCACUGGAGCAGGCUCGGGCAUCGGAGCCGACGUGGCUCAUAAAUUCAUUCGGAACGGAAUAUCCAAGCUAGCGUUAGUCGACAGCAACUCUUCCAAUCUCCAAAAAGUCUCUGAGUCGCUGAAACAAACAUCUCUCUAUGUGGAGCUGCUAACCGCAUCUCUUAACGUGACGAACGAAGCACAAGUCAACAAUGCGGUCCAGAAGGUCGCCACCAAUUUCGGUCGCGGGGAUAUUGGAGUUAACUGCGCUGGAGUUGGUGAUCCAGGAAAGCCCACACAUCAUUUAUCCCUAAGGGAUUGGCAGCGGGCAUUUGAUAUUAAUUAGACGGGUGUGUGGCUGUCGCAGAGGGCACUUCUUCAGCAGUUGCUUACUCAGACAUCGUGUGGUACUCGACGCGGUCCUGGGGUUAUUGUUAACCUCUGCUCCUCUCUAGGCAUAUCUGCCUCGGCUACGGGUAUACCUUUUCCUGCAUUUAUAUCUUCGAAACACGGUAAGCUUUCCUGAGUCCAUGGUAUACUUUGUUUAUGACUUACGUAAGUCUAUAGGCGUGAUGGGACUUACGAAAA